CAUAUGUUCGCCUAGUAGUACUCGUACUACUCGUGGCCUCUCAUGCUCACCACCUCGAGGCUAGUUAGCGGUCCGACAUAUCCGCGGAUUGACAAAGGUUGGUGUCGACAUGUCGACUUGUGACUUGACACCUGUCAAGUUGAAUUUCAGUCAUCAAUCACUAUACUCCAUGCCUGCCCAUUGGCUGCUUCGGAUAACAAGAAAUCAGUGAGAUCAAUUUUGCAUCCGAUUGGAGAUCAAUUUUCUGGCACGCCGCUUCAGCCCACAUAUAAAAACGCUCUCUCCUCGUUCUACUAGAUCCAUAUACAUGGUAUCUCGCAUCCAACUCCCGCUACACCGUCUUCUCGCCGUCAGCAGAACCAGCUCCUCAAAGAAGGUUUGUGCUAGGUAAAUUUUCUGACUCGUCCAGGCUGCUUAUCAUCCUGUCUACGAUGAAGCCUCCGUGAUGCUCCUACUUGCAAAGCUCUUCCCCUCUCGCUCUUCACUUGCAAAUUUGGAAAAGCAUGGACCCGACAUAGCCACUUCAGACUCCGAGAGUAACAAGUCGCCCAUCCCGGCACAACCGGUCGCAACCGAGGAGCAGGAGCAGCUCAUAUCUGCUACCCUCAGUCGUUUCGCGCAAGUCCCCGUCUCGGCUAUAUUCGUAUCGGAACCCGGAUGGAACCCUAGAGUUCCUCUCUCCGCCCUGCGCAUGCUUUGGGGGGCCAUCAUCAAUCCCUUCAACAUCCUCUUGACCAUCCUCGCCAUUAUCAGCGCUGCCACUGAACAGAUCCCCACCUUCGUCGUCAUGAUGGCAAUGGUCUUCGCUUCAACCGGUUUAAGGUAUUGGCAAGAAUUGAAGUCCAUGAUUCAAGCAGUCAAUUUGAUCAAGUCAGUCACGACCAAUACCCGCGUUCUUCGUUAUCGAAGCUCUGGUUCGGAACAGCUCGAAAUCGAUCAGCGCAAUGUCGUUCCAGGUGACGUCAUAGCUGUCACCAGCGGUGAUGUCUUCCCUGGUGAUUGUGUUCUCAUUACGGCCGAGGCUAUCACAAUCACACAAGCCUCGCUUACCGGAGAGAUGAUGCCCGUCGAGAAAACCGUCCGCCUUGCUGCCACAAGUCCCGGAGAAACCUUUGAUUUACUACACAAUGUUAAUGUUUGUCUCGCCGGCACAUCUGUUGUCACAGGGAAUGGACACGCUCUCGUCGUCUCGACUGGCAAGGAUACAUACAUGGCUUCUAUCGCCAGAGAGCUCUCCAAACGACGGCCGGAAAACGCUACUCAGAUUGGCAUCAGGAAAGUCAGCUAUGUCUUGAUGGCCUUCAUGGGCGUUAUGGCUCCCAUUGUGUUCAUCGUCCAGGGUGCUGUUAGUAAGAACUGGAAGGGCGCGAUCAUGUUCGCGAUCGCUGUUGCAGUCGGCAUUACCCCAGAAAUGUUGCCAAUGAUUGUGUCAUCUAACCUUGCGCUGUCUGCUGUUCGUGUGGCACGCAAAAAAGUCAUUGUGAAGCGUUUCGAUGCCAUCCAGACCCUUGGCGCAGUUCGGAUUCUCUGCUCAGACAAAACAGGGACGCUUACCGCUGACCUCGUGCGCAUUUCAUUGUCCACGACGGGCACAGGAGACCUCUCACAACUUCCCAUCGAAUUGGCUUACAUCAACUCCUCACUGCAGACUGGUUCUCGUAGUCCGAUCGACCACGCAAUCGUUGACUUCGUCAAUCAAAGUGAGCAGGACAUCUUCACGGACAUUCCCAGAGACGGCUGGGUCAAGCAGGGCGAAGUUCCUUUCGAUUCGUCACGCCGCCUUCUAUCGGUCUUAGUUUCGCGACCUGGUGGCGAUGGCUCUGAAGGACUGUUGAUCACAAAGGGCGCAGUAGAAGAAGUCUUGGACGCGUGCGUGUCAGUCUACAACCAUCGGCCAUCUCCUUCCUCAGAUGCCUCGGAACCGCUCGGUUUCGAUAUGUCCCCCUCAGCGACGUUAAUUCUCACAGCAGACGAGCGGCGAAAAAUUCUUGAUACUGCUCAGCGUUUGAACGAGGAGGGGUUGCGUCUUGUCGCUGUGGCCUGCCGAGAACAGCUUAUUAAGCCGUUUAUGACCAUAUCCUGCUCUGACGAGAGCGAACUUGCCUUCAUUGGAUUCAUCGGGCUUCUUGAUCCAUUGAAACCUGAUGCCACCCAGGCGAUCAAAGAUUUGGCCGCAUUGAACGUGCAGGUUCGAAUCCUCACUGGUGACGCUCCUGCAGUGGCUGCAAAGGUAGCUCGCGACCUCGGGCUUAUACCAUCUCGCCAGCAUUCGUUGACUGCGGAGAACGAGAAGGAUGUAGAGGCUUCUGCCUCUUCUAAAGGCGAGGAAGGACUCAUUCUCACUGGCGUCCAGCUUGCGGCCCUUGCAGAUGAUCAAGAUGCCUACAAGGAUGCCAUUGAUCGCUGCAUCAUCUUUGCCAAACUCUCGCCUUACCAGAAGCUUGAGGUCGUGAAAGCUCUGCGCGCCGGUGAUGGUGGCAGAGCAGUCGCUUUCUUAGGAGACGGCGUCAACGAUGCUCUUGCUAUACGUGGCGCAGACGUCGGCAUCUCGGUGGACUCAGGAACCGACAUCGCGAAAGAAGCGGCAGAUGUGAUCUUACUUGAGAAGAGCCUAGCUGUCGUCGUUGACGGUGUGAUCGAGGGGAGGCUUACGCUCCUGAACACACUGAAGUACAUCAAGAUGGCGACCUCUUCCAACUUCGGUAACGUAUUUUCGGUCUUGGUUGCUUCUGCGUGGCUUCCAUACCAGCCUAUGCUCCCGCUGCAGCUCCUCGUCCAGAAUCUGCUGUAUGAUUUCUCUCAGGCAUCGAUUCCCUGGGAUAAUGUUGACCCCGAGUACUUGGUGGCCCCGAAGACAUGGGGAGCAAAAUCGAUCAUUCGUUUCAUGGUUUGCAUGGGUCCCUUCUCAAGCCCUUUUGAUAUCAUCACGUUCAGUAUUAACUGGUUCGUCUACGACAUUCGUACGCUCGACAACCCACUCGUUCCCCUUGCACAGACCCAUUGGUUUCUCGAGGGGUCUCUGACGCAGCUGUUCAUUAUCCACUUCCUGCGAACGGGCAAGGUCCCCUUCAUCCAGUCCCGCGCAUCGGUCCCAGUGGUUUUAACCACCUUCGGUAUUGCUGGUAUUGCUAUUGCAAUCCCAUACAUGCCGAAGGUCAACACUGCCCUACAGUUAACCCCGCCUGAGCCCAUCUACUACUCGUACCUGCUAGCGAUGGUCGCCGGCUAUGCUUUGGUCGUGCAUGUUGCCAAGACAAUUUAUCAACUUGCGUUCAAGGAAUGGCUUUAG